AGGAAGAUUCAUUCCGAAAUUCGGAAGCGAUCUUUAUCGGAAAACUCAUGUGGGCCCCCUUUCACUGGUCCUAGAAUCCCCAAGUCAUUGAAUCUGUUCAGAGUUCAAACACACUUCCCGUUCCAAAGAAAGCCCCUCGUGGCUCAUGGCUCAUGGGAACUGGGAACCCCCACGUAUCACCCACUCACCUCUGCUAUCUGUCAUCUGUGACAGGUUUUAGGAAACCUCGAUAUAUAUAUGUUCUUAUCCCCAACCGUUUCCGCCUUAACCCACCGCCUCCAAAUUCUAAUCCACAAUUAUCCAAAUUCCAUUCCUCUCCUCCCUAGCCUCCUCCUCCUCUUCCAACUAAAAAAAAGAAAAAAAGCAAAAAAAAAAAAUAUAUGCUCGAUCUUCUCCGUUUGCCACCUGAGCUUGUGUACAGACAAUAGCGCAAGGCCAAGUGGGUCUAAGAAAAAUAAACAUGCAGUCAUGAGGUUGGCUGUGGACACGAGCAGUCUGGUUCAUCAUGCCAAGUAUCAAAAAAGCCACGUUUCAGUCGUGUCUCAUUACUCUAUCCAACCUCUCCAUCUCUUUCUUCGCGAUCGAUAUAAAUAGGCACGUACCCAUCACCAAACCUUUAUUACAAUAUUCUAUCCACAAUUCUAAUUCCGGUUCUCUGCGGGAACAAUGUUGAGCUCAGAUAUGGCUACUCUUGGGCGGAGAAAGCACGCCAAGAAGCCUGCGCAGGCGAGUUCAAGAAAAGGGUGCAUGAGAGGCAAGGGAGGCCCCGAGAAUGCUCUGUGCACCUACAAAGGCGUCCGGCAGAGAACUUGGGGCAAAUGGGUGGCUGAAAUCCGCGAACCAAACCGCGGCGCUCGCCUCUGGUUAGGGACGUUCGACACCUCCUACGAAGCUGCCAUGGCGUACGAUGCUGCUGCACGUAAACUCUACGGCUCGGACGCAAAGCUCAAUUUGUUUGACUUGUCACCAGCCACUUCAAACAACACCCAGAUCGCCCACAUGGAAAACUCAGGUACUGCUACAUGUUCGUCGAAUAAUAACCCAAUAGUCUAUCAAAAUUGUUCUGAUGAAAAGCUGGAGCCCCAAGAACUGAAAUUCGGCCAGAAAGAAGAGGGAAUCGACGGAGUUUGGGGGAAUACGAAUGCUAGCUUCCCGGUUUUCGACGAGACAAUCUGGGCAGAGGCCGCCAUGUCAUUAGAUUUUCCGGCAGGCAUGGGUGACUAUGGAGUUUUUGCUGGCAACUUUGUCGAUGGAAGCGGCUGGGAUGCGUUGCAGUCUCCAUGGUGCAUGUAAUUAAAGCUUCAUGGGACCAAGAAGCCGCCCAAAUAAUAUUGUCUAUUAUAAGUUAAUAGUGUAGAUAGAAAUAUAUAGCAUAAGCUGGUCUCGACCCCACAUGGGUUAAGGCUCUUGUAUGUGAUUUUUUCUUUCUUUUUUUUCUUCUUCGAUGGCGGCGGGGUUUAAUUAUAGUUAGGAAAUAUAAGAAGAAAGAAAUCAGUCACCUUCUUCUCCUACUGUUCUGUUCUGUGUUCUUAUGUAUACAAAAAUAUUAUAUUUUUGAGUUUGAAUUAAUGCCUUUGGACAAAA